AUGCUUCCGACCCCUCCCUACAGCCUCGAGAGGUCACCGAUCUCUAACUCUGCGCUCUCUACCGUUGAGCAAGGACAGGCUGCACAGAGGGCUACACAACUUCAGCGGUACCUACUCGAGGUCGUCGCAUACACUCUUGGGGCUGAUCUCUCAAAGCUUGUCACCGCAAUCUCAUUCGAGUGGCCGACCUUCGACGGCUUCCGCAGCUCUGUUCUCGAGAAGAGGGAACAAACCCAUCUCUUGCACCUUUUUCACAUCAUUGCGCAGAUGCACCGUCGGCUUGCAACAUCGUCUCUUGAAGAUGUCAGAACGAUCCUUCUUCAGGUCGUCGAAGCAAGCAGAACGCUCAAGGUCGAUCCCGGCUUUACACUCGAGCUCGUGGCAGCGUACGCAAACCACCAGGCCAAAGCCUGGAAGCAUGGGUGUAAACACUCACUUAUCGUUGACCUCGUGGGGAUCCGCCUUCCAAGAGCGCUUUGUGCGUACCUCGACGAAAUUUCCUUACUCAUACUACAAUUGCUACCCAAUGAUAUGAUGCAGAAAACACUUGGCCUAGCAUUAGAGAAGUUCGAGAAAGGGAGCCAGUACGAAAGCCUCCUCGGAUGGAUAUUGACUCUCAACCCUAUGAAUCAUGGCUACUCGAGACUUGCCGAAUUUCUUACAGGCAUAAAUAUGCUUGGGGAGGAUGCGACUUGGCAACAAUUGUAG